UUCAUCAUAAUAAUCACACUCUUCGACACUUUCUCUCCCAUAACCAACCACCCCAAAUAAUGGCGCGAGGCUCUUCUUCCCAAUCCACCUCCUCCUCCACCACUCGCCCAGGGACCACCGCACCCCGUGGUUCUGCCGCCGCUACAGCUGGUAUGCGCCGACGCAGGCUCGGUGCUUCUUCCUCUGCGGGCGGUGGUGGUGGUAACGCUGUAGUAGGCUCCGGCAACGCUAGCAACAUGCUUCGUUUCUAUACCGAUGAUUCUCCAGGUCUGAAGAUCAGCCCGACUGUCGUCCUUGUGAUGAGCCUAUGCUUCAUCGGAUUCGUUACUACUCUCCAUGUCCUCGGCAAAUUCUACCGCUACCGAUCUGGCUCUGGCUCCGGAGCCUGAUUAUUCGGGUUCGGAUCUUUGAUUUCGGAUCAUGGUGAUUUUGAAACACACGUCAUACAGGAAAAAAUUAGUUUGUUUGUUGUUUUUAAUUUCAGUUUUCGUUUCACGAUCGUUUGCUGGUUCUGUUUCCGUUUUAGUUUUAGAUGGCUGAAUUUGACUCAGUAUAUUAGGAAGAUGAUAAAAGAAGCUUCCAAUUAAGGGAAUUUUGAACGUUUACAUGUGCUUUUUGUUUGUUUUAAUCAGUAAUGCAUAGUUUUUGUUCAGAAAAGGAAUAUCAAUUCGGAAUUUCGAUCCAUUUUACCUA